UAUACCCGUGCUACUUAUGACUGCUUUUGUGCUCCAGGGUCACAUAUGUAUGCACACGUAUCCAUAUAACUAACUAACUGCAUGUAUGUAUUUGUGUAUAUAUACAUGUAUAGCUUGAUAGAUGUGUAGAUAAACUCACUUUGAUAGAUAUUUAUACAAACAUACACUUAUGUACUAAAAAAUAAGUACACGCACAUACAAAUCGGAACUUUGUAAUCAAGUUUUAGGAAUUUGAAAAAGUAAAACAAAGCAACUUUGUGACAAAAUGAGAGAUUUUUGAAUAUUCUGCGCUAUUUCUGUGUCUCUACGCAAAACUGAGUGAUAUUUAUAAUGUACAGACGAUUAAAUGUUCUUCCAUUAAAACAUUUUAAAUCAGGCUGGUGAACAGGAUUUCAGGUUUGGUUGCUGCUGACAUCCUCAAAUUAAUCUUUACACUUAAAUUGUUAUGCAGAAGAAAUAGUAGCACAUGCAAUGAAACAAUUGAUAUUAAAUGAAACCCAAGCGUCUUCCUGAGUAUUUGCAGAGCCACUGAAGAAAUGCUCGCACAUUCACACACGGCCCACACGUAAGUCAGACGCUCACACAUCACAGCCUCCUCGCACAUUCACACUCUCGUCUGCCUCGAUCCCACUAAAGCAGAUCAGAUGGUAAAGCUGAUGUGUAACCCUGACGUCCAGGUGCUCGCGCUGGAUUAGCCUGGCUUCAACAAUUAAAAGUGUUUUAAACCAGGAUGGAGUGGCAGCCGGAUGAACAGGGUUUACAGCAGGUGCUGCAGCUGCUGAAGGACUCACAGUCUCCAGAUACGGCCACACAGAGAGCCGUUCAAGAGAAACUGGAGCAGCUGAAUCAGUUUCCUGACUUCAACAACUAUCUCAUCUUCGUCCUCACCAGCCUCAAAUCUGAAGACGAGCCCACCCGUUCUCUGAGCGGUCUGAUUCUCAAGAACAACGUGAAGGCUCACUACCAGAACUUCCCUCCGGCCGUGGCCGACUUCAUCAAGAGAGAGUGUCUCAACAACAUCGGAGACCCGUCCCCGCUCAUCCGCGCCACCAUCGGUAUUCUCAUCACUACAAUCGCGUCUAAAGGGGAGCUGCAGACAUGGCCUGAGCUGCUGCCUCAACUCUGCAACCUCCUCAACUCGGAGGAUUACAACACCUGCGAGGGUUCUUUUGGUGCGCUGCAGAAGAUCUGUGAGGACUCGUCUGAACUGCUGGACAGUGACGCUCUGAAUCGACCCCUCAACAUCAUGAUCCCCAAAUUCCUGCAGUUCUUCAAACACUGCAGCCCCAAGAUCAGGUCUCAUGCCAUAGCGUGUGUGAAUCAGUUCAUUAUUGGCAGGGCUCAGGCUCUCAUGGACAACAUCGACACAUUCAUCGAGUCUCUGUUUGCGUUGGCGGGUGAUGAAGACUGCGAGGUGAGGAAGAACGUGUGCAGAGCUCUGGUCAUGCUGUUGGAGGUCCGGAUCGACCGCCUGAUACCGCACAUGCACAGCAUCAUACAGUACAUGCUGCAGCGCACGCAGGAUGCGGAUGAGAACGUGGCGCUGGAGGCGUGUGAAUUCUGGCUGACUCUGGCGGAGCAGCCCAUCUGUAAAGAGGCUCUGUCAGGACACCUGGUCCAACUCAUCCCCAUCCUGGUCAACGGAAUGAAGUAUUCUGAGAUUGACAUCAUUUUACUGAAGGGUGACGUGGAGGAGGAGGACGACAACGUUCCUGACAGCGAGCAGGACAUCAAGCCUCGCUUCCACAAGUCACGUACCGUCACGCUGCAGCACGAGGGAGGAGAGGGAGAGGAAGGAGAGGACAUCGAUGAAGACGAGGAUGAUGACGACGACACGCUGUCUGACUGGAACCUACGGAAGUGCUCUGCGGCAGCGCUGGAUGUGUUGGCUAACGUCUUUCGGGACGACCUGUUGCCGCACCUGCUGCCACUGCUGAAGGGUUUGCUGUUCCACCCGGACUGGGUCACCAAAGAGUCCGGGAUACUGGUGCUGGGAGCCAUCGCUGAAGGCUGUAUGCAGGGUAUGGUACAGUACUUGCCCGAGCUCAUCCCGCACCUGAUCCAGUGUCUGUGUGAUAAGAAGGCUCUGGUUCGCUCCAUCGCCUGCUGGACGCUCAGCCGCUACGCACACUGGGUGGUGAGCCAGCCGCCAGACGCCCACCUCAAACCGCUCAUGACAGAACUGCUCAAACGCAUCCUAGAUGGCAACAAGAGGGUGCAGGAGGCCGCCUGCAGUGCAUUUGCGACUCUGGAGGAGGAAGCGUGUACAGAGCUGGUUCCGUACCUCAGUUUCAUUUUGGACACUCUGGUGUUUGCGUUUGGAAAAUAUCAGCACAAGAACCUGCUCAUCCUCUACGACGCCAUCGGCACCCUGGCAGACUCUGUCGGACAUCAUCUGAACCAACCGGAAUACAUCCAGAAACUGAUGCCUCCUCUGAUCCAGAAGUGGAAUGAACUGAAAGACGAGGAUAAAGACCUGUUUCCUCUGCUGGAGUGUUUGUCGUCUGUGGCUACGGCGUUACAGAGCGGUUUCCUCCCAUACUGUGAGCCCGUCUAUCAGCGCUGUGUUACUCUGGUGCAGAAAACACUCGCACAAGCCAUGAUGUACAGCCAGCAGCCGGAUCAGUAUGAGGCUCCAGAUAAGGACUUCAUGAUAGUCGCUCUGGAUCUGCUCAGCGGUCUGGCCGAAGGUCUCGGGGGUCAUGUGGACCAGCUGGUUGCCCGUAGCAACAUCAUGACCCUUCUGUUCCAGUGUAUGCAGGACACUAUGCCUGAGGUGAGACAGAGCUCAUUUGCUCUGCUGGGUGAUCUGACCAAGGCCUGUUUUCCACACGUCAAACCCUGCAUCGCCGAGUUCAUGCCUAUCCUGGGGACGAAUCUGAACCCUGAGUUCAUCUCGGUGUGUAACAACGCAACCUGGGCCAUCGGCGAGAUCUGCAUGCAGAUGGGUGUGGAGAUGCAGCCGUAUGUGGCUCUGGUUCUUCCUCAUCUGGUGGAGAUCAUUAACAGACCCAACACUCCCAAAACCCUGCUGGAGAACACGGCCAUCACGAUUGGUCGCCUGGGUUACGUCUGUCCACAGGAAGUGGCUCCCAUGUUGCAACAGUUCAUCAGACCCUGGUGCACAUCGUUACGAAACAUCAGAGAUAAUGAGGAAAAGGACUCUGCCUUCAGAGGCAUCUGUGUGAUGAUUGGUGUGAAUCCUGGCGGUGUGGUCCAGGACUUCAUCUUCUUCUGUGAUGCGGUGGCCUCCUGGGUCAACCCUAAAGAUGACCUGAGGGACAUGUUCUACAAGAUCCUACAUGGUUUUAAGGACCAGGUUGGUGAGGAGAACUGGCAGCAGUUCUCAGAGCAGUUUCCGCCCAUCCUGAAGGAACGCCUCUCUGCAUGCUAUGGCGUGUAGCCCCGCCCCUCUGCUUCACACACAGCACAUGCUGUCAGUUGAACCUUUAGGAGGGGGAACUCAUCCAUCUGUGUAUUGCACUGCCCUGAUCGUGGGGGAGAGGGACGCGAUUGGCCGCUCCGCCUGACGGACAGAUCCCACGCCCUUUGUGUGUCCAUGA